AGCAGCAGCGCUGCGAGGCUGCUGCUGCCGCCGCCUGAUGCUGCUGUUGAUCUGCAGCAGCAAAGCCUUGAGAUAGACUUAACGCUGCAGCAGCUGCUGCAGCGGGAGGACCCGCUGCAGCAGCCACAGCAGCAGCAGCAGCAGCAGCACUACCUGCGAGAAGAUGCAUCUCUUCGGCCAUUCUACAAUAACAGCAGCAGCAGCAGCGCGAGAACAGCAGCAGCAGCUUUCUUAGGGGGGCAGCACCAACAAGACAGAUUGAGAGACCAGAUACAGCAGCAGCAGCGGCAGGAGCAGCAUCAGGAGCAGCAACAAUUCAUGCAUGAGCGCUUGCAGCAGCAGCAGCAACAGCAGCAGCAGCAGCAGGAACACCUUCUGCACGAGCGUCUGCAGCAGCAACAAUUGCAGCAGCACCAAAUGCAACAGCAGCAGCAUCAGCAGCAGCACAAACAAACGACGUCUUCAAGUGUAGCAGCAGUGGAGGAUGAAGAGGAGCUGGAGGAGGCCGUGCGGCGAUAUAACAGCAGUUUAUCGGGGCCUUUGCUGCGACAUAUUAAAGGAAAUGUCUUUCUAUUUGGGAUUAAGAGAGUAGAGCUCAGGAUUCUUAACUCCAAACUCAUGCGAAAAGCAGAAGGGGGUUGGGCCCCUAUAGAAGAUCCGUCUGCUGCAGAGACAGUCGAAGCAAUUGACUCGCUCGCACUCCAAGCAUAA